UCGACUACGCGCAGCAUGGCCCCUCGUCAACAAAACGCACGCAGUGCUCGUGCCGUGGAGAGCAGACGUACCCGAGGUAUUCAAUCCUACCGAUGCCGAGUCUGCCGCGGAUCGUUGCAAGAAGUGCGACCGAUCCCACCACACGCUGCUCCACAUGCACGAGCAGGUUAGCUCGUUGUCGCGGUCGCGAGCGCGCUCACGUCUCCAACCGGUGCCAACCCGGCAAGCAGCUUCGGCCUCGUCCCAACGUUCCCGCCGGCACAAUCCGCCAACUCAGCGUAGGAGUUCACCGCCACGACGACCGGAAUCGACGACGCCAGGCCCAUCGCUCUCGUCGCUGCUGCAACGCCACAGCGUGAACAUCCUUCCCACAGCGCUGGUCAAGUUGGAGACCGGGACGAAGACCUUCGAGACCGCAGCACUUAUCGAUCCGUGCAGCCCCAUGAGCUGCAUCGACGCUUCGUUGGCGUCAGCCUUUAAGCUUUCGAUGACCAAUGUUGGCGACGAGAAGGUCUGCACGACGACGAUUCGCUCCAGGAUCGACGCGAACACGAAGCUCGAGGUCGUGCUCAAGAUCGAGCCCAGGGUGCGGAUCCGUACACCUGUCCGGGCAUUGAGCGACACCGUAGUGUCCAAGUACAGGGACAUCAUGCUGGCGGAUGACGGGUUCCAUCGGCCUGCUACCGUAUCCAUGGUCUUAGGAGCAGACAUUUAUCCUAAGGUUAUCCAAUCCGGAUUCCUGACCUUCGACGAGGGAAUGCCGGUCGCUCAAAAGACCGUGUUUGGGUGGAUCGUGUCCGGUGCCUGCAGCUUGCCGUAGGAUGGCUAUGUUGCAACCCCGCAAGGGGGGCGGAAUGUU